UCAACUACUUUCGUUCAUUCCCGAGAAGCUAAAUUUUAUGAUAGCGCCUUUUACACGACGCAGGUCGAUAGAUUUAAAGCUCCUGAGUCGACUCUCGAGGUAUCGAAUUGAUCGAUUCAGCCGCUGUGUGUGUGUGUAAACAAAGACCGUCAUGACGCUCCGGCUUGGCGGCUGUGAGCUCUCGGCGAGGUUGAGAGGUGUGCCGCGGCAAAUUCAUCGUAAUCGGGCGAUGCGUGGCAGAAACUCAUGGGUUUCCAACUAAGGAUGUGCACUUUAUGCUUUCGCAUAAUCGCAUAAUUUUCGAAACUUCACUGAAAUGGACGGGGAAUCAACUGGUUAGCUCUGUUGUCACCCCUCGAUCCAAAUCCGAAGAGCAUCGAAAACGCAUAAUUUCUCAAAAUCGCAGCAUGGAGGCAUUUUCGCAUAAUUUGAGCAUAAUUGCAAGGAAAAGGGUUGUAUUAAAAACGGUUGUAUUUUGCAAUUGGUUUUAAUAUUUUGCGCAUUUUACCGCACAUUUUGAUCCGACAAUUGAAAUUGUCUUACCAAUUUUGGCCUUCCUUUCAUACCGCAUACUUAUAUUAAUGUAAAUGUUUGCAAUGUGUGAACGCAAAACGAAUAUAAAAGCAUAAUUUAGUAGGAAACGCAAAAAAGAACUUUUUAAGAAGCAGUAACAUUAAGAAAGAAAACACCAAAAAGCAUAAAAACGCAUAAUUGGGUAGAAAACGUGGCAUAAAGAGAGCAUAUUUGGAAAAUUUUAAAGCAUAAUCACCGCAUAAAAGUGACAUUUUUGAGAGCAUAAUUGGCAGUUUGAAAACGCAUAAAGUGCAUAUCCUUAUUUCCAACUGAUGCUGUACGGGAUUGUGAUCCUGCAGACGUGUGUUGAUGUUAACUAUGCUGCAUGGAGAGAGACGCCCAGCAGUGUGCCUAUUACCAUGUCUGCCCAGUUGCGCUGCUUUUUUUGUACGUUCUCAACGACUAACUUCACGGAACAUCUCAGCCACCAUUAUCACCAUCGUCACAUUAAUAGACACAGAUUUUACUGUGGCUAUUACCCUGACUGCCGAAGUGUUUUAUCUACAGAGCGUCUGCUCAGACUCCACACUCUUCGUGUCCAUCACCUCAAAGUCAGGAAUUCACAACCUUCAGCUUCAACACCAGCACCAAAUAAUUUUGGUAAAUACCUUUGUUCUGUGUUAACGUGCAGAAAGGAGUUUGAGUGUUUUCCUGAACUGCUAAAACAUUUGAAGACUCAUAUACGCAUGAAAGUUUUUGUCAAGUGCCCUCAUCAUCCAUGCUCUAAAGAAUAUAACCAUCUCGGUUCAUUCACUGGUCAUCUAUCUAAAAAACAUCGUGCUAAACCAUCUGUCACUCCUGCGGUUGAAGCAGGAGCAGUUGAGAAUAAUUUUAGUAAUGAAGAGGAAGAUUUGUUCUCAGAAUCUACUGUUACUGACACUGAUCCCCUGUUUGAAGAUCAAAAUGAAAAUGAAGAUGAAGAUGAUUGCCUUAUGAAGAGUUUUGCUCAGUUCUGUAUGAAGUUGGAAUUCCAUUUCCUUGUACCUGAAAAGACUGUUCAAUUUUCAGUUGAUGAAAUAUUUAAGAUACAAUCUCAGAGCAAAGAGUUUUAUCGAAGUGAGUUAAUGCAGACUUUGCAGUCAGAAAACAUCUCGAUUGACAAAGUAAAUCGCAUUUUUAAGUAUGCAUUUGCUAAUGACCCAUUUACAAAGCAGUAUGAUCAAAAUUGGAAGACUCCUCAUAAACGUAAAAACUUCUAUAAGAAGGCAUUUCAUUUUGUCAAUCCUGAAAAAAUUGAAUAUGUCAAGACUAUUACCAAGAAAGGCAUUACCAGCAAUGUUAAAACAUUCUUUUAUUAUGUGGAUAUUGAAAAGACUCUUCAAUAUUCAUUCACUAAAGAUAAGUCCUUAAACUUGGAUUUAAAACCACCUCUAUCAAGAACUGAUGGGUUGUUGACUGACGUCACUGAUGGGAAAAGCUUUUAAAGAUAACACAUUUUUCCAAGAAAAUCCCGUGUGUAUCAAGAUAAUAAUCUAUCAAGAUGGAGUUGAAAUUGUCAAUGCAAUUGGCUCGGCCAAACGUAUCCACAAACUAUUAGCUAUUUAUCUUUCUAUCUUGAACUUACCUGACCAUCUUCGGUCACACAUUAACUCUAUCAAGUUAGUGGCUCUAGGUAAGGAAAAACAUUUUGAUCAUCAAAUUGUUUCUUGAAGAAUUGUUAAAGAUCUAAAAUUAUCCGCUUCGCUCCACCGGCAACUCUGUUCGGCAGGGAGCGGGCCAAGCUUGGCCUGCCGACGGCGUUUGGGACGGGCCUUCGGCCCGUCCCUUCUGAAUUUUUAUGGUGUAAUACAUCUUCUAUCCGAAAACGGGCCUUCGGCCCGUUGGAGUGACGGCUCACGUUAGGCCAUCUUUUUGCCAGGUACCUUUUCUGUCCACUUCGUAAUCAAAACUCAACAAACGAAGUAUUCUUUUCAUACGCUGAACAUCUUUGGCUGUGUGUGCCGUAGUUUGUAGAAUACAUGCAAGUUAUGCCAAAUCCCUUAUAAGUUAUUGAUGUUAGCUUAUGAAUCAAAUAACACACCUAUGAAAAGAUACAUUAGACUAGCCCUAGAAGAAGUUAUAAAUAUACCUCCAGACAUACUCUGAUUGACUCCGAACGUGUUCAAACAACAAAUAAAUGUUUUGUUUUUUUUUGUUUUUUUUUUUUUGCUAUUUUGCAUGGAAGUCUACACGUUUUAUUAAUGAUGUCCCACCAUAAAAUAAGCCCACUCUUCUGCUUAGAAGAA